AUGAAUAAGAUUUACUGCAGCAACGUGUGCUCCCGGAAGCUACCGUGUCAACGAGGUGGAUACACGGAUCCGAGAAGAUGCGAUCGAUGUCGAUGUCCUGACGGGUUCACAGGUCAAUUUUGUGAGCAAGUUAUGCCUGGGUAUGGUGCAGUUUGCGGAGGAAAAGUUCAGGUGAACAGUGGAUGGACGAGAUUCAGCAGUCCAGGAUAUCCUCGUGAAUUCAAGGAAGGCCAAGAGUGUUCGUGGCUUCUCGUGGCUCCGCCGGGACAAGUGGUUGAAAUGCAGUUCAUUGGAGAAUUCGAGAUGUAUUGUAAGGUCAGACAUUCCCUAUGUAUGGACUAUGUUGAAGUACGGAACUCAACAGAUUUCGCUAACACUGGAAUGAGGUAUUGCUGUUAUGGUACGCCGAGUACGAGUAUUCGAUCAGCAACCACGGACCUGGUGGUGUUGUUCCGCAGUUUUUACCGAGGCGGUCGUGGAUUUGAGGCUCGAGCUCGAGCUCUGCCCGCAAGUGGUCAGUGGGCACCGUGGACGCCGUGGACACCCUGCACGGCCAGCUGUGGAGCAUGCGGUUCACGCAUGCGAACGCGUGUCUGCUUGCAUGGAGCAUGCGCUGGAGAGCCAGUGGAGAAUCAAGUCUGCAACACCCAUCCGUGCAACGGACUCUGUGCACAUAAGAAGACGGAAGACGGUGAAUGCGGUGGAUUCUUGGCGUUACUCCGAGGAGUACGGUGCAAACAGUAA